CGGCACUUUAAAGAGGAUACGUGUUUCGGUAUUGAGAUGAGCGUUUCACAUUACUUCCGGUCGUAGCUUGUGUUUACAUGACGUUGACGCGGCUCGUCGUGACGUAUGAAUCAUCCUUCCCAAGAUGGCGGUGCACCUGCCUCAUCCCUGCUGCUGUCGACGAACACGAACUCAUUAAACGCCUGAAACCGUCCUGGAUUUUUAUAUUCAUCGUCGCCAAACCAAGGAUCGCAACUUCGUCAUGUCCACCGACGAGAUGUCCGCCUCGGACAGCGAGGCUGUGUUCGCCAGCGCCGGAGAACGGUGGGCACCGGUCGGUGCUGUGGCCAACCCCGAGGAGGAGCGCGACAGCGACGGGCAGCUGCCACUCCGAGGCUCGUCGUCGUCCGGAGAGGAGGACAUGGCGGGUCGGCUGAAGAAGCUGGAGGAGGAGCAGGACUUGUUGAACUCUUCUCUCCUCGCCCUCACCUCGCACUUCGCCCAGGUGCAAUUCCGACUGAAGCAGAUCGUUCACGCCCAGAGCGACGAGAAGGAGACGAUGCUGGCGGAGCUGGAGGAGUUCGCUUUCCGUGGAUGCCCGCAUGUUGUGGGCUGCAGGGCCCCAGACGCCCAGCUGGAGAACUCGAGCGAGCGAGAGAAGCGCGAGCUGCUGGAGGCUCAGCGGGAGAAGCAGAAGGACCUGAUCUUCCAGCUGAAGACACAGCUGGAUGACUUGGAGCGUUUCGCCUACCAGGAGGGGAGCUAUGACUCGCUGCCACAGUCAGUGGUUCUGGAGCGGCAGAAGGUGAUUAUUGACGAGCUCAUCAAAAAGCUGGAUGUGAACCUGAACGAGGACAUCGGGAACUUAACCCCAGAGGAGCUGCGGCACCGAGUGGAUGCCGCCAUAGCACAGAUCGUGAACCCGGCCCGGGUCAAAGAGCAGCUGGUGGAGCAGCUGAAGACCCAGAUCAGAGACCUGGAGAUGUUCAUCAACUUCAUCCAAGAUGAGGUGGGGAACCCACUCUUGUCGGAUGGAACUCAGCGUCAGCAGCCUCAAGCCUCUGGGUCAAGCAGCAGGACAACUGGAGUCAAGGCGGUGAACCCGGAACAGGCCCACAAGAUGCGUGAGACGGGCCUGCAGCUGAUUCAGAAGGCGCUGGCCGUGCUUCAGAUCUUCGCUGUGAGUCAGUUCGGCUGCUCGGUCGGUCAGGUUCCUCCAAAUAUGUGGCCUCAGGACACGAUGUCCCGUGACUACGGCCCGCUGCUGCAGCGGCUGGAGGAGGCCGUGGACAAGGUCCGGGUCCUGGGCUCUCGCCGGCAGCCAUCUUUCGAACACGUGGUCAACUACACCAGCAACCACGCGCUGGGGCCGCGAGACGAGCUGACGGCAGCCGUGAGGAAGGAUCUGGCUCUGGCUCUCAAAGACCUCCUCUCUCACGGGCUCUUCUCGCCAUCGCAGACCAUGAGUCUGGUCCUGGCACCCAUCUCCUGCCUGCUCCCCCACCGGCCCGCCCCGCAGACCCUCCACCCCUGGGAACUCUUCGUCAGAUACUACCAUUCGAAAAACGGAAAGGCUUUCGUGGAAUCCCCCGCACGCCAGCUCUCGCAGUCCUUCAGCCUACCUGUAGGGGGAGGCAGAGUGACAGUCACGCCCAAGCAGUCUCUGCUGUGGGCGGUCCACACCGUCCUGAAGGAGCACGGGCGGUACAAGCGCGGGCCGGACACUGAGUUCAAAGCGCUGGUGUGCAUGGCGCUGAACGAGCAGCGUCUGGUGUCGUGGCUCAACCUGAUCUGUAAGUCUGGCUCGCUCAUCCACCCACACUAUCAUGCCUGGAGCUACAUGGCACAGACCGGGUUCGAAGGAGCCCUGCGGAUCCUGGGCCGCAUCAGCCACCUCAAAUUCAACCUGCCAGUGGACUUGGCCGUGCGACAGCUCAAGAACAUCAAGGAUGCUUUCUAGAAGAAAACACUGACAGUAACUGCUUUCCGCCAGGAGGGGGCGUCUGAACAGACUGCUACUCUGCAGUGACCCACGGGAACACUUCUGGUUUCCUCUGUAGCAUUUGAAAGACUUGCUCCCUGACAGGACCUCUGAGGCGCAGCAAGCAGGCCGCCCUGUUUCAGGAGUGUCUAAAGACUUGAGUGCGUGUGACCUGCUGCUGAUCCUGUGCUCAGAUUUUACUGUGGCUCCUCCUCUAAGUGACCUCUGACCUGCAUGAAUCGUACUCACUGAAUGUAAAAAGGCUUUUGAGCUCAGUGACUGUUUUAACCUCGCUAUGUCCAUGUGUCUCUUUUAAAGCCCUCAGACCGAAAUGUUUUGGUAGGACUGAACGUGAAACUAAACCAGAGCUAUGACUCCUCGCAAAGGACACCAAAGAUGCUGUUUGAUCUAAGUUUGUUCCUCCAGUUCAGACAUGAGACGGCAGCUGCAAACAUCAACUCCCAUCCAUCUUCUACCUCUGAGGUAGGAGAUCCCAAGUCUUCUCCAAAAGGAGCAGUGGUUCUACUCUGAGCCUCAUCUGGAUGUCCAGAGAAGACUGUGCCUUCGGUCGAUGACCAAAGGUGGGAGUAGGAACAUCGAUGCAGGUGUCUCCUCUCACCAUAAAAUGCUCAUUUGACCAGACAGCGGCCCCUCAAUUGAUUUAUUUUAAGUUUCAGUUAUUCAGAUGCAUAUUUGAAGCCAAAUCGGGACUCCAGAUCAGUUUGAUCGAUCCAAGGAAUCUUGGUUUCUCUAUCUGUGUUUCUUCACUUGAAGCUUAGAAUGAAUUACUGUGUGGUUCUUCCAAGUUUGAUCCUGAAAGAUACUUUAUUUAUUGGAUGUUUUAGUUUUUGUGAGUGUGAUACUGUAGCGACACUGAAACGUGUAAAACAUAUUUAUUUUGUAUUUAAUCUCGACAAAACACUUAUUUAAAAGGUGUGCGACUGCGGAUGAAUAAAGUGCUGCCCUCA